UUAUCAAAUUCUCAUUUUGGAAACAGUCAUCUAGAAGACGGAUGGGCAAAAGAGAAGAUGCAAAGUGACCGGUUAGGAGGUGCUGCCGAAGGCCAUGGGAAAAAUAAUGCUGCCUUUGCAGCAGUGUUGCACUGGAGCCAUAUAACACACCUCUUUGAAAAUGAUCGCCACUUUUCUCACCUCUCAACGUUGGAAAGGGAGAUGGCUUUUCGCACUGAAAUGGGACUGUAUUAUUCCUACUUUAAGACUAUUGUGGAAGCACCCUCAUUUUUGAAUGGAGUAUGGAUGAUUAUGAAUGAUAAGCUGACUGAAUACCCCCUUGUUAUUAAUACAUUAAAAAGGUUCAAUCUUUACCCUGAGGUAAUCUUAGCCAGCUGGUACCGGAUUUAUACCAAAACAAUGGACUUGAUUGGUCUUCAAACCAAGAUAUGUUGGACGGUUACCAGAGGAGAAGGACUCAGUCCUAUUGAAAGCUGUGAAGGAUUGGGAGAUCCUGCUUGCUUUUAUGUGGCUGUAAUUUUUAUUUUAAAUGGACUAAUGAUGGCAUUAUUCUUCAUAUAUGGCACAUAUUUAAGCGGCAGCCGAUUAGGAGGCCUGGUUACAGUGCUGUGCUUCUUUUUCAAUCAUGGAGAGUGCACGCGUGUGAUGUGGACACCACCUCUCCGCGAAAGCUUCUCCUAUCCGUUCCUUGUACUUCAGAUGUUGCUUGUGACUCACAUUCUCAGGGCUACAAAACUUUAUAGAGGAAGCCUGAUUGCACUCUGCAUUUCCAAUGUAUUUUUCAUGCUUCCAUGGCAGUUUGCUCAGUUCGUGCUUCUUACUCAGAUUGCAUCAUUAUUUGCAGUAUAUGUUGUGGGAUACAUUGAUGUAUGCAAAUUACGGAAGAUCAUUUAUAUACACAUGAUUUCUCUUGCACUUUGUUUUGUUUUGAUGUUUGGAAACUCAAUGUUAUUAACUUCUUAUUAUGCUUCCUCUUUGGUAAUUAUUUGGGGUAUACUGGAAAUGAAACCACAUUUCCUGAAAAUGAAUGUAUCUGAACUUAGUUUAUGGGUUAUCCAAGGAUGUUUUUGGUUAUUUGGAACUGUCGUACUCAAGUAUUUGACAUCUAAAAUCUUUGGCAUUGCAGACGAUGCUCAUAUUGGCAACUUACUAACAUCAAAAUUCUUCAGUUACAAGGAUUUUGAUACUUUAUUGUAUACCUGUGCAGCAGAGUUUGACUUUAUGGAAAAGGAGACUCCUCUGAGGUAUACAAAGACACUGUUGCUUCCGGUUGUUCUGGUUGUGUUUAUUGCAAUCGUUAGAAAGAUUAUUAGUGACAUGUGGGGUGUCUUAACUAAACAACAGACACAAAUGAGAAAACACCAGUUUGAUCAUGGAGAGCUAGUUUAUCAUGCAUUGCAACUGUUAGCAUAUACAGCCCUCGGUAUUUUAAUUAUGAGACUAAAACUCUUCUUGACCCCACACAUGUGUGUUAUGGCUUCUUUGAUCUGUUCAAGACAGCUAUUUGGAUGGCUCUUUUGCAAAGUACAUCCUGGUGCUGUUGUUUUUGCUGUCUUAGCAGCAAUGUCAAUACAGGGUUCAGCAAAUCUACAAACCCAAUGGAAUAUUGUAGGGGAAUUCAGCAAUUUGCCACAAGAAGAACUUAUAGAAUGGAUCAAAUACAGUACUAAACCAGACGCGGUGUUUGCGGGUGCCAUGCCCACAAUGGCGAGUGUUAAACUCUCUGCACUUCGGCCCAUUGUGAAUCAUCCACAUUAUGAAGAUGCAGGUUUAAGAGCCAGAACGAAAAUAGUUUACUCAAUGUAUAGUCGAAAAGCAGCUGAAGAAGUGAAGCGAGAAUUGAUAAAGUUACAAGUGAAUUAUUACAUUCUAGAGGAGUCCUGGUGUAUAAGAAGAUCCAAGCCUGGGUGCAGUAUGCCUGAAAUCUGGGAUGUGGAAGACCCUGCUAAUGCUGGGAAACCUCCCUUAUGUAACCUCCUGGUGAAGGAUUCCAAGCCACACUUCACCACUGUAUUCCAGAACAGUGUUUACAAGGUCUUAGAAGUUAUAGAAGAGUGA